AUGUCGCCAAGUAAUCAGUCGAGCAGCCCCGAUCGCGUCCCAGAAGAGGGCAAACAUGAACCCAUCCUCAGCGAUGCGCUGGAUGAGGACUUGGUAGACUGGGACGGGCCAGAUGAUCCGAAAAACCCAAUGAAUUGGCCAUUGAGGCGAGUUGUGGUUGUCAUAACCAUAAUUUCCAUCAUCACUUUUCUUAGUUCCCUGGCUUCGUCGGUGCUUGCCCCGGGUAUUCUUCAAGUCCUCGACGACUUUCAUUCCCAGAAUCUCGAACUUGGCUCUUUUGUAAUCUCGGUCUACGUCAUUGGCUACGCGCUUGGGCCUUUGAUUAUCGCGCCGCUGUCUGAAGUGUAUGGCCGCUCGCCGCUGUACCACGGAUGCGGCAUCUUAUUCGUUCUCUUUAGUGCAGCGUGUGCUAUGGCGCCCAGUCUUGCGUCUCUUGUCGUUUUGCGUCUCUUUGCUGGUUUGGCUGGAAGUUGUCCGCUUGCCCUCAGCGCUGGUACGAUUGCCGACAUCGUCCCCUUUGAGAAGCGUGGGCGGGUAUUGUCCGCAUGGACCUUUGGGCCGUUAUUAGGGCCAGUUAUUGGACCAAUUGCUGGUGGCUAUCUCAUCAACGUCAAAGGCUGGAGAUGGUCCUUUUGGCUCGUCACCAUAGUAUCUGGUGCCGUUUGGCUCGUCUCCUUCUUAUUUCUUCGAGAAACAUACGCAUACACCCUCCUCUGGCGCAAAACCAAACGCCUCCGCAAAGCAACUGGCAACCCAAACCUCCGUCCCGCCGUCGACGACCGCCGCUCACCAACCGAGAUUGUCACGCUCGCCAUUGUUCGGCCGACCAAGAUGCUCACCUGCUCGCCCAUCAUUUUUCUUCUCUCUCUCUUUAUGUUUGUCUUUUAUGGAUAUCUCUAUCUCGUCUUCACCGCUAUGCCGCAAAUUUUCCAGACUGUCUACGGCUUCUCCACUGGCGCCAUUGGCCUCACCUACAUUGGCCUCGGCAUCGGCUCGUUUAUCGGUGUCUUCAUUUCAGGCGCAACUUCGGAUAGAACGGUGCAAUGGUUGAAGAAGGAAGCAGACGCAACACCAAAGCCAGAGCAUCGCCUGCCCCUGGCCGUGGCUGGCUCAGUGGUCGUCCCCAUCGGGAUCUUUUGGAUAGGCUGGACGGCAGAAACUCACCAACACUGGAUGCUUCCCAUUAUCGGCACCGCUAUUCUAAGUAUUGGUGUUACUUUGGCCUUUAUGGCCGUCUUGGCGUACCUCAUCGACGCCUACGGCACCUACGCAGCCUCGGCCGUCGCCGCCAGCAUCAUGCUGCGUUCGCUCGGCGGAGCAUUGCUUCCGCUUGCUGGGGGCCCCAUGUUUGUCAAGCUCGGCUUUGGCUGGGGUUGUUCCCUGCUCGCCUUUAUUGCUAUCGCCAUGAUUCCCGUGCCGAUCGUCUUUUUCACCCAUGGCGAGCGCAUUCGCGACAAACGAUUUUUCGGCGUUAAUCCUGCAUACAUGAGAAAGGACAGCCGGAAGGACAGGUCGUACACCAAGGACAGGUGCAGUGCGCCAAGGACAGGUAAAGUGCGCGAAGGACAGGUGAAUUGCGCGAAGGACAGGAAACAGACCAAAAUAGAGAGUUGCAGCAUGCAGCAGACUUGGCUUACUCCUUCACUGCAGCCUCACUUCAUUCUGCCUUUACUCGCAUCGAGUGAGAUUUGGAGAAAUGGCCAGACGGCGGCGACCGGCGAUGCCGCCCUUAACGGUCAAAAGCAUCCGACAUCUACCAACGGACAUACGGUCUCCAACGGAGAAGUGGUUUCCAAUGGUAACGGUCCCUUGAAUGGACAGAAUGGAUCAAAUGGACAUACUACUUCCAAUAGCCAUACCUCCUCCAACGGACACACCUCCCAUGGACACACCUCCAAUGGAGACGCCUCGAAUGGGCAGGCAGCUAGCAACGGCCACACAACUACAAAUGGGCAUAAAACACUCAACGGCCACUCCAAAAACGAUAAACAGCUCCAAUACUGGCAAAAACAGCUCGACGGCAGCCAACCCGCCGAGCUGCUUCGCGAUCGACCUCGACCCUCCUCGCCGUCUGGCACGACCGAAGAGUACACAUUCGUCGAUGCAAGUAGCUUGCGAAUCUUGCAAGGAUUCUGCCAGAAAGAAUCGGUAUCACCGAGCAUCGUUCUCCUCGCUGCCUUUCGCGCGGCUCAUUUCCGCCUCACAAACGUUGAAGACGCCAACAUUGGCUUGCACCAAAGCCAAGGGACGGUAAAGCCCGCCGAGAUGCAGUGCAUUCGGCUCGCGCUUGAAGAGGAAGAUAAAGAUUCCUUUGUUUCGCUGAUACAAAAGACCAUGUUCACCAUAGAAGAAGCGACAGCUCACCAGGGCUUGUCUCUGGAGCAGAUUGCCUCUGUUACUCAACGAGGACAGCGCGGCGCUGCUCAUAAUCCGCUGGUGCGCAUGGCUAUUGCGGUACAAUCGCAGCAAGAUAAUGGCAAUGUUGGUGGCAACGGCGUAUCGCUGUCCAAAGCCACAACGACAGCGCCACUUGAUCUCGAUUUUCGUCUGGUUCUAGAGCCUGACGGUCUGCGUGGCUCCGUCGUCUACUCUGAUGAGAUCUUUGCCGCUGCUUCAAUACAGUGCAUGGCAUCCGUGUUCCUUGAGAUUUUGCGACGCGGAAUCACGGAACCUGAGGUGCCUCUGGCGUCGAUGCCGCUCACAGACGACCUCAAGAGCCUCAUCGACGCAGGCCUGGCUGGCAUCGCCCAUACUGAAUACCCGCGGGAGUCGAGUGUACCAGCUCUUUUCCGUGAGCAAGUGGCAUUAUCUGCUGAUAAUGUUGCUGUCAAAGACUCUGUGGCUCACCUAACAUAUACACAGCUAGACCAACAGUCAGACCGCAUCGCGUCUUGGCUCGCCAAGCAGCGCUAUGCCCCAGAAGCCAUGAUUGGAGUCUUUGCUCCCCGCUCUUGCGAGACAAUUGCCGCUUUUCUAGGCAUUCUCAAAGCUAACCUAGCCUAUCUCCCUCUUGAUAUAAAUAUGCCGCCUAGACGUCUUGAGAGCAUCCUGUCAACAGUCCAGGGAAAACGGCUUGUCCUACUAGGAAAAGGCGUCACUCCUCCUACCCUCAACCUUGAUGUUGAAUUCCUGCCCAUCUCUGAAGCACGGGACUCCGAAACCGACGUCGCUACGUUGCCUGUUGUUUCCCCUACUAGCUUGGCCUAUGUCAUGUUUACCUCUGGCUCAACCGGUCGCCCCAAAGGCGUCUUGGUUGAGCAUCGCGGCAUCGUUCGCCUGGUUAAGAAUAGUAAUAUUUUCGUGCUCGACUUGCCUGCCCUCGACCAAAUACUUUCUCGAGAGAAGAUUCGUGCGGCCCUCUUUACGCCUGCUUUCUUGAAGCAAUGCCUUGUCGAAUCCCCUGCCGUCCUCUCCGGCCUCGACGUGCUACUUGUGUCGGGCGAUCGUCUGGACGCACGCGAUGCUGUGGCAGCUCAAAGCAUCGUCCCGGGCACUGUCAUCAAUGCCUGCGGCCACACGGAAAACAGCUGCCUGAGCACACUGUUUGCCAUGACAGCGACUGAGCCCUGUGCCAAUGGCGCUCCAAUUGGACGCACCAUCUCCAACUCGGGCGCUCUUGUCAUGGACUCUAAGCAGCGCCUCGUCCCUCUCGGCGUCGUCGGAGAGCUAGUGCUUGCAGGCGAUGGCGUUGCCCGUGGGUACACUGAUUCCUCUCUCGACGCGGAGCGCUUCACCAAAGUCACAGUUAACGGACAGAGUCUUCGCGUGUAUCGAACUGGUGACCGAGUACGUAUCCGCCCACGCGACGGCCAGCCAGAAUUCUUUGGCCGAACGGACUACCAGGUCAAGAUUCGCGGUCACCGUGUCGAGCUACACGAGGUCGAACAGACCUUUCUCCGCGAGCCAUCGGUUGCCAGUGCCGCCGUGCUCGCGCGUGCGCCCAACAGCGUCGAGACGGAACUCAUUGCCUUUCUCACUAUGCACGGCGAUGUCGUCGACGGAGUGGCCCAGGUACCGGUUGACGAGAAUCAUAAUACCCAAAAGGAUCAGGUCGCUGCCUGGGCUGAGCUCUUUGACUCGGAUACGUAUGCCUCCAUCGGCAGUAUCUACAAAGCCAACUUCGGCCGCGACUUUCUGGGUUGGAAGUCCAUGUACGACGGACAGCUGAUUGACCGCGACGAGAUGACUGACUGGCUCGAUGACACCAUGGCGGCCAUUCGCAGCACGUCUCACACCAAGACCGUCUGCGAGAUUGGCACCGGCACCGGCAUGAUGAUGUUUAACCUGGCCGAUGACUUUGACCACUACGUCGGUGUCGAUCCUUCGCCGUCCGCGGUGUCUUUUGUUCGUCGUAUGGCUGACUUCGUCCCGGGUCUGGCUGAUCGUAUCGAUAUACAAGUUGGCACGGCCGAAACGAUUGAGAAUCUAGACUGGCAGGUCAAACCAGAGCUCGUCGUCAUCAACUCGGUCGCUCAGUAUUUCGGCAGCGCCGACUACCUCUUGGCCACUGUGGAACGCACCCUCAAAUUGGACAGCGUCGAGUGCAUCUUCUUCGGCGACGUGCGAUCUUUUGCCUUGUAUGACGAGUUUGGUACCACAAAAGCUCUGCGCGUGUUGGGUGCGUCGGCGACGGUCGAUGGUAUCCGGGAGAGGCUGGCUGGCCUUAGGGAUGCCGAGGAGGAGCUCCUCAUUGAUCCAGGCUUCUUCACAGGCCUCGUUGAUCGUCUCCCCAAUCGCGUCGAUCAUAACAGUGGCUAA